UAGUUUAUCUCGUUACUAGGCAGCGACAUGGAUGUGUAAUAUAACCUAUAACGGGCAGUAAAGGUAAAAACCUUAUAUACUGUCUAUGGUAAAAACGGCGCUCGUUCGGAAAACCGAGGGAUGCAUACACUGUAGAAAGUAAACCGUAUACAGUCUAUGGUUAGUCGAUUGUAAAACAGACAAACUUUAGCUUAGACCACAACAACAGUGACCACAGUCCUGACCUGACUUUCUGUAACGUUACUUUCUUUAUUGUAAAGAGAGCUAUCCUCGCCGCCCUGGCCUCCUCAAGUGACUUUCGAGAGAAACUGCAGAAGAAACGACGUGCUUUGCAAGACACUUUGGUAAAAAAUAAAAAUGAGGACGACACUCAGGCUCUGGUUCCGUCGACCAAAUUGAGUGAGGAGAAACUGCAAACUACAAUGAAGGAACUUCAAAGCAGUGAGGAAGAUCCAGGAGAGACGCUGAAACGCACGUUAAGGGCUCAGAGACAGAGGCGGAAGAAAAGGCUGCUUGACCAGUCUUCAGCCCAGGAGUCCAAUGUGGAGGAGAUCUCCACCAUUCAGCACCACAGUGAAGAUGAGGGAUCAGCUGACAGGGCAGGCGACUCAGGGGUUUUGUCAAGACCUCCGACUGGUUCUCAGAGAGGUCACUCGGGAAUGCAGCAUUCUGCCAGCUCUCAGCAUUUAGACAGCUUUGUGACACGGCGCCUGGAAGAGAGACUGAGAGCAGCCAGAUCUAAAGGUGAGAGCCUCCAGCAGCAGGAGGCCUCUCUCGAGCCAACCAGUCGCCUGCAGAGCCUCAGAGACAGAGACACUGUUACAAGGUUUGACAAGAUAGAUCCGGACAGAGCUGGAAGACACGAUGACCCUCUGGCCCUCAGGACCAGGGUCACGUUCCGAGAAGCAGCCAGACGAACAGAAAAAGGCCUACCCACUGCUGAAGAGGCAUACAAUUUCUUUACACUCAACUUUGAGCUGGAGCCACAAGAUGGGACUGAGAAGAAGAGCAAGAAAAGAGAAAAACAGAAAAAAACAACAGAGAAGGACAGUGAUGAAGAAGGAGGAGGUGUUGUGGAAGAGCAGGAAGCUGCUGAAGUAGAUGAAGAUAAUCAAGAUGAAAAUGAAGACCAGAGUGAAGCGGCUCCUCUUGUGCGGGAUGAAGAGGAGGAUUUAUUUGUCAUUGAACAAUCGUCAAGGGACUUCCUGGAAGUAAAGAAAGCAGAGUAUAUUGGGUACCGAAAACGUAUUCAGCAAGAGAGUGAGCUCCUCUUUACGCCGAGUUUUCGAACAGUCCCAACUACCAUUAAACUGCCUGAAAACAUGAAGCCUCGUUAUCUGGAGGACGAGGGUCUGUAUGUAGGGGAGAGGCCUCCUAUAUCCCUGACCAAUGAGAACAUUCUGGAGAACCGUAUUUUGAAAAUGGAGGAGGGAAAGAAGUGGUUUGGAGAUGACGGCAGAAUCAUGGUUCUGCCUGACCCCAUAAAGGAAUCGUCCACCAGACCCCCUCUCUUUCACAUGGAGGAGGACCUGGAUCCUGCACUGCAGACUGUGUACAGGAAGGCGGUGAAGUCCAAGUAUGCAAAUCUGUACAUUGCUGGUGCAGCGGACCCCGAGGGAGACUACCAGCUUGAUGUGGAUGUCUCUGGGCUGAUCUUCUCCCAUCACCCACUCUUCAGUCGCGAACAUGUGCUGGGGUCUCGUCUGGCUCAACUGUAUGAUCAGUACCUCACCAGGCAGCACAAUAAUCUCACAGGACACCUUACUGACAAGUUGAAUGGAUUAAGGAGUGCGUUGCGGAAUAUACUUGAGAUCCAUGGGGGGGAGAGCCUUACUCAAGCCAUGCAGCGGAGGAUAUCGGAGUACAGUCUGGAGGUUAGGAACACUCGGCAGCUGCGAGACAGUGAGCAGGAGAAAGACAGGACUCUGCUGAAGCACAUAGUUAAAGUGUGGAAGGAGCUCAAGGCCCUGAGAGACUUUCAGAAGUUUACCAACACGCCCUAUAAGCUCUCGCUCAGAAGAGAAAAUGUUGACCGGACGUCAGAUGAGCGAGAGUACGAAGAUGAAAUCUUGGCAGAGGUUGUGGAAUUGGAGGUCGAGAUCGAGGAGGAUUACCAGAAAAAGUUUGCAGAGUAUAAGAAACAGCUGCAGGAGUGGAAGCUCUGUAGAAGGAAACCGAAAACCAAAAAGAAAAAGAGAAAAAAGAAGAAGAAAGGCCAGACACAGGAUGAGACAGAAGAAGAAGAUGAAGACCAGGAUGUGAGCGAAUCAGAGGGGCCCGUUGAAGAAGGACCCCCAAAGCCCGAGCCUCCAGAGAAGCCUGACUUUGACUCUAUAGAGCAGCGGGUCCGAGAGAAAGCCUCUAGGAUACGCAGGAAACCAGGAGAAUCCAUCCUGAUCCCUGAGCUGUCUGCAUCUGGAAACAUCACUGCCAGCGAACUCUGCCCCAGGCCUGAAACAGCUCGAAGAGAGGAUGUUACAAGGCGCUCUCUUUUUGUCAAGAUCCUUUAUAAUGACAAAGAAGUCUCCCGAACAGACAGCCGCUCCCUGAACACUGAUUUCAGAGUGCACUUUGGCCAGAUUUUCAAUCUCAAGAUAGUUAACUGUCCCCAAAGCAUCAAUUUGCAGGUGUUUGAGGAGAUUGGCUCAUCAUGCUACCUUCUGGCUCAAGUGUUUGUUCCAGUGCCAGAACCCUCAGUUGUUGUGGACAGAGUCUCUCUUGAGGAGUUUGAGUUUAGCAGCAACCAGAGAGUGAUGUUCGACCAUGAGGGUGUAGGAAGUGACGUGCCCCUCUCCUUUGAGGUGGAUGGCAGUAACAAACAGACCCUGCUGACCUCUGGGAAGUUGUCGUGCCGUGUUUAUUGGGGGUCUGGGGAGGACGAUGUACCACUCGCCCCACCUGUGUCUCAACAACAUGGCGGCAUACACAGUGGCUUGAGCCGUCUUGAUGCUGUUAAAUUUAUUGGGGCAUCUGGACUAUAUGACAUGAAGAAGAUUGGAGAGUGGGCCACACAGUCACGACUGGACCCCAACGAUCCAAAAAAUGCCUCCAUCAUGCAGCUGCUAAAAGUGGCCACUAGUGGAGAGGUAACAGCUCCAGAGUACUUCCGUCUAGAACAGCUGCAGGAGGAGUUUAACUUUGUGACUGAUGAAGAGUUGGAGAGGUCCAAAAGAUUUCGCCUGCUCACGCUUAGGAACCAGGAAGUUGCAGAGUUUCGAAAUUACAAGUGUGUUCCUUCUCUGGAGAGGGAGGUCACAGAUAAGGUGUUCCAGGAAUAUGAGAAGAGACUGAAAGAAGGAGAGAUAGUUGACACUAAAGAACAUCUGGAUUCACACCGAGCCUUAGUAGCCAAAUACCUUCAGAAGAUCCGAGAAUCGGUCAUCAACAGAUUUCUUCUUGCCAAGCAUCACUACAUUCUGUCUGACUUGGUGGUAGAAGAGGAGAUACCAAGCAUCGGGAUUCUGGGACUGAACUUUUUCAAGCUGGCUGAACCCAAGCGGCCGCUGAAGCCUCAGAGGAAAGCGAGGAAGAAGGUAACGGCUCAGAAUCUGUCUGAUGGAGACAUCAAACUGCUGAUCAACAUCAUCCGGGCCUUUGACAUCCCCAUCCGCAGGCCCCAGUCCAAUAAACCAGGACAGUCGUCUCAGAGUGCCAUCCAGGGCAGUGAUUGGCUCUUCAGCCAGGUACAAGUGAGGCCCUUUGUGGAGGUCUCCUUCCAGCGCACGGUGCUUCAAACGACCACAGCUGAUGGACCAAAUCCCUGCUGGAACGAGGAGCUGCAGCUACCGUUCAGUGCCCCAAAUGGGGACUACAGCGCUCCUGUCUUACAAUCAGUCAAAGACGAAGUCUUCAUCAACAUAUUUGAUGAGGUGGUUUAUGAAACUGGAGUGAAGGACCAAGACAGAGCAAAAUCAAUACACACCCGGGUAGAGAAGCACUGGCUGGGCUCCGUCAAGAUUCCUUUCAGCACCAUUUAUUUUCAGUCCAGGAUUGAUGGAACAUUCAAGGUGCAUACACCAGCGGUGUUGCUGGGCUACAGUAAGGAGCGGAGCUAUGGCACUAAUGGUGCCUACGAUACCUUGCGGAGCCUGAGUGAAGGAGCAUUCAUCACACUCUUCAUCACCAUUGAACCCCAGCUUGUGCCUGGAGAGUCUGUUAGAGAAAAGUUUGACAGCCAAGAGGAUGAGCGUUUACUGCAGGCUUCAGAGAGGUUCGAGAGGGAAGCAGCACAGGGCUACCCGGACCGACCCUGCAUUACCACCGUCACAGAUCUCAAUGGGAAGACCGUCUUCAUCACACGCUACAUUCGACCACUCAACCCCCCACAGGAGUUACUGGAUGCAUCCCCCGAUAACCCCCAAGAGACCACGGCCCUGGUUGCCCGAUUUGUCUCGCUCAUCCCUUCUCUGCCGGACAGAGUUUCGUUUUCUGGCGCCUGUGACCUGUGGAGCACCUGUGAUCAAUUCCUCACCCUCCUAGCAGGAGAUGAAGAAGAACAUGCUGUACUGUUGUGCAACUACUUCCUGUCUAUGGGCAAGAAAGCCUGGCUUAUAAUUGGCACUGCUAUACCAGAGGGACCCACAGCGUAUGUCUUGACUCUUGAGCAGAGCCGCUACCUGAUCUGGAAUCCCAGCAGCGCUCAGUACUACGGACAGUAUGACACCUUCUGCCCACUGCAAACCAUUGGUUGUCUGGUCAAUGCUGACAAUAUGUGGUUCAACAUUCAACAAUAUACAUCACCAAUGAGUGUGAGUUUUGACACCACCAAAGCCAAUUUGUGGAAACCGUUUUUCUCGCGAUCCUUCUCCCACCCUGGACUGUCGAGUGUACAACCAGAGGAGCUGGUAUAUCGGGGCACAGACAAAGCAGCCGCAGCAGAGCUUCAGGACAGAAUUGAGAAGAUCCUAAAAGAGAAGAUCAUGGAGUGGCGCCCUCGUCACCCAACCCGCUGGAACCGUUACUGCACCACUACCUUGAAACAAUUCCUGCCCAAACUGGAGCUGAGCGGGGGGCAGGACAUGGCGGAGGGGCACCGCCACGAGUUGCAGAGCCUGCUGGGAGACAACAAUAUUUCAGGAUUCCCGCUGCAUAUGCCAUUCUCUGAGAUCCGGCCCAUCAUAGAGGCAGUGUACAGCACUGGAGUUCACAACGUUCAGGCAUCAAAUGUGGAGUUUGCCCUGGCCGUGUAUGUGCACCCCUACCCCAAUAAUGUCCUGUCUGUGUGGGUGUACCUGGCCUCAUUGGUGCGUACAUGAAACAAGAGACACUCAUCUUACUGUGGAUUGCUGGGCUGUACUGCUAUUGUACAGUACCAGUUAAAAUCAAUACACACCCGGGUAGAGAAGCACUGGCUGAGCUCUGCUUUCCCAUUCAAGUCAAUGAGAAAGAGGUCCAAACCUUUGACUGUUACUGUAUAUAAAUGAGCUUUAGCUUCUUUCUUCUUUUUUAAGAAAACUUUAUGUAAUUACAUUAUUCACACACUGCACACUAUUGUAUAUCUAAUGUAUAUAAUGAAUAGGUAGUUACCAGUUUGAUACCUGUACAUCAAUUCCAAUGACCUUGUAUUAAAUCUUACCUUUCUGAACCUUA